AUGCCUUCCAUCAACAACAUCGUCGCCGCCAUGGCCUUCACCGCCGGCAUUGCCCAGGCCAUCCCCCAGUACCAGAACGUCAGCUCUUCUGCUGCCCCUGUUGCCUCUGCCAGCAAGAACGCCAGCUCUUCUGCCGGUUCUUCCAGAACUUCCUCUGCUGCCGGUGGCAUGGCUACUCUCCCCGCUCUUGCCGAGUCCGCCUACUGCCCUACCCUUAACGGUGGCCUCGUCGGCAACUACCUCAUCGAGUGCUCGACUAGCCAUUUCGGCACGAUUCUUCAAAUCGGCAACGGAACCGUAGCUGUCGCCAAGCGUGCUGUCUACACCUCUCUCGGUGACUGCAUCAACCUUUGCUCAGCUACCACCAGCUGUGUUGGUACCGCCUUCGACACCGCCGCCCGCACUUGUGCUCUCUACUCUGAGGUCGGCCAGGCUGUCGCUGCCAAUGGCAUUGACUUCGCCAUCCUGACCAACCCCAACGGUACCCCCAUCACUUCCGGCGGUGUUGCUACCUCGACCGUCUACUCCACCAACGUCAUCACCAUCUCCAGCUGUGCUCCCACUGUCACCAACUGCCCCCUCAAGAACGGCAACAGCGUCAUCACCCAGAUCGUCCCUGUCUCCUCCACUGAGUACAUCUGCCCUGCCGCCACCACCGUCCCUGCUUCUGCUGUUGCCUGUGGCUGUGCCGCUGUCCCCGUCACUGUUACCCAGUACUCUCCUUCUGCCGGCUCCAUGGUCCCCGUCCAGACUGUCGUUGUCAACUCUCCCGUUCCCACCGCCACUGUCCUGACCACCACCGUCUGCACCAGCUGUGCCAACCCCACUGCCAACAUGAACAACGGCUCUGGCAACAACGGUGGCUCUUCCGGUCCCGUUACUUCCACUGUCACUGUCUGCAACUCUGGCAAGUGCUCUGCCGUCGCCACCACCAUCCAGGUUGCCACUGCCACCUCCAGCAAGCCUGCUGUCUACACUGGUGCUGCCGACUCCGUCAAGGCUAUGGGUGGUUUCGCUGCCUUCAUUGCCGGUGCCGCUGUCCUCCUCUAA